AUGGAGUCUGUGCAGGUACAGUUUGUUGUAAACUGGCAGAAUCUCUUUCUGGUUGCCCAAACUGGCUGUCAGCCAAGGACACCCAACCCGUGUGCAGCAGCGGAUCGCCUGCUGCCAGCCCCUGCCACCACCUCCACAGGUCAGACGGCUGCAGAAGAUGUCAAUGUUACUUUUGAAGAUCAACAGAAAAUUAACAAAUUUGCAAGAAAUACUAGCAGGAUCACAGAGCUGAAAGAAGAAAUAGAAGUGAAAAAGAAACAACUUCAGAAUUUGGAAGAUGCUUGUGAUGACAUCAUGAUGCUUGAUGAUGGUGACUCACUUUUCAUACCCUACCAAAUUGGAGAUGUCUUCAUUAGUCAUUCCCAAGAGGAGACACAAGAGAUGCUGGAGGAGGCAAAGAAAAGUUUACAAGAAGAAAUUGAAGCAUUAGAAUCCCGAGUGGAAUCAAUUCAGAGGGUGUUAUCUGACCUGAAAGUUCAGCUCUAUGCAAAGUUUGGAAAUAACAUAAAUCUUGAAGCUGAGGACAGUUAAAGGUGUUCUAAAGAUACCAUACAACUUUUUAUUGUUUUGUUAAAUGUUUUGAUAACAUUGUUCCAAUCACAUUAAAAAAAAAAUCCACCACUUUUUUUUUUCUUUUUUUUUUACUUUCGUGUCUUGGGUUCCAUCUAUUUAAUAAGACCUUUCUUUUGGUUAUUGCAGUUAUUUAUUUGUUUAGGAAAGCAUUAUCUUCAUACUGUUGGUAAAGCAUCAAGAUUGGAAUAUUUGCAUUAUUUAUUAAAGUAAUGAAGUCAGGCACAUAUUGUAGUUUCCUUGGUCUUGUUUUCCACUCACAAAGAUACCUAAGUGUAAUAGAGAUGAGGACGUCUGAUUUGCACUGUAAUAGCUGUUUUUGAUAAAAGUUUCUCUGUAAUAUGUAGGGCAUGAUUCAGCUGUACUGCUAUUUGGCUGGUUUUAGCAGCCCUCCUGGAGAUACUAAAUCUAUCCUUUGUCUUUCAGUCUUAGCUCAGAUAGCAUAAACACUGUAAGCUCAGUGCACAACGUGGCAACAAGUUGACAAGGGAGAAAGGAGGGCUCUUUAAAACUCGCAUUGGUAUCGAAGAAAAGCUUUUGGAGUCACAGUCGUAUUCAAUCGUUUACUACUUUGUAUUUGGGAAUCACUAAAGAUGCUAAAAGUCAGAAUGGUGAGUCUUAACUUCUAAUUUUCCUGAACAAUCAUUUUCUAAAUCCACAUUUAUAUACCAAAUUGAUGUCAGAAUUCUUCAUAGCUGAUGUUGCUACGUCAGCAUCAAUCCCUGGAACUGUGCCUCCACCACUAUGUGAAGUUGAAUGUAAUAUUUAAAUGUCUUAAUUUGCUGACUCCUCAUGUCCUUAAAAAAAUUAUGUACUGUCUCACUGUAAUUCUGCUUUUGGAUUUUGCCUGCUUUGAUUAAUGUAUUAUUCCAUGGAAAUACCUGCACGUUAUGACUUUGUUUUUAAAAAUUAAAUCUUAGCAUACUUAAGUCAUCUUUUUAAGCUGUUUUCCAAAAUAGUGUGAACAGAGAAUUCAGUUGGCCAAAUACUGAUCUACAAUCAUUGUUCUUAAUAUAAAUAAUCAGAGUAUGAGAUGAGUAUAUUUUUAUAAAGUGAUUAAUACCUACCUGUCAUGUGUCAGUUGUGUAGCAUCUCUUCUUCAAACAGUGUGAAUGCGGAGGAAGAAAAACCCACUUGAUUAUUACUGAGGAAGUUUUGACAGGGUAGUGAUACUGAACUUGAUCUCCAGUACACCUGAGCAGGAUCUCACUGGUGCAUUGUUACUUAUGAAUUACAUCACUGUAACUUACAUAGUCAUUCACAUAAGUUUAUUAAAGUUGGUUUUAAGGUUUAGCAUAGCCAUAAGAGAAGACUGUCUUCCACAGUGAAGAUCUCAUACCUCAACACAAGCCUGUCUAUGAUGUACAGUGUACAUCAACUAAUGGCUGUAAGUCUCAAAAACUGUGUGAAUCUUCUGUCUGGCCCUGACGUUUCCCAAGUUUCUUUUUGGUAGGAUUCCAAUGCUCUGUAUGCUUCUGUUGAUGGACAUAUGUACAAAUAACCCUGGCUAUAACUGCACAGGUUUUUAACCUUGUUUUUUAACUGGUUGUGCUUUUAAUUGAAGCCUAUGAUUCAGGAAAGAUUUCAACUUUUUCCUUACUUCCUGAGUGAAUACUUCCACUGCUCUGAAGUAAAAGAUGGAUAUACUAGCCAUGGCAGCUCUACUGCUCUGUCUGCCAGUCAUUGCUUGUAGCCAGUCAAGUGUGUUGGGCCUUCAAAGAGAUAGAGGUGUUCCUUUACAUAAUUCCUGAACCCUCCAUACAGUUUUCUGUGUUAGGCAGGUGUUUGGUACCGAACUACUUAGAGCAGUUCUGGCUCGACCCAGAGCUGUUGUUUUAGUCACCAAAGGGAGAAGGUGGUGGCCAGUUUUCUGAUAUUAGCUGAUACGAGUACUGUGGACUUGGGUGACUCAGCUCUGCCUUACCCUGCUCUAUUAGAUACAGCUCUUAGUCCAAAACUCUGAGAGCAAGGUAACAGUUUUAGGAUGUGCUGGUAUUUUAAGGUUUCUUCCUAAUCAGGCAAACCAUUCAUUUGGUAUGUUAAAGUAAGCCAUCCAAUGCACUUGUCUUUAUAAACCAAAGAAAAUGUGAAAGAUUUUCCAGGUGAAAACAGCUAGUGGUGGAGUUUGACCCAUGAUGAGAAGCAUCCAGCAGAUGGCAUCAAAGAACUGGGGAAACCAUUUUACGGUAAGCCCAUGCCUAGGCUGUGUCAGUGCUGAUUUUAGUAAAGUGAAACUUUGGCUGCAAUGAUGGCAUUGUCAUUAAUUUGUUGGUAACACUUUAAAAUUCACUCCUGAGCGACUGCUGUGCCAGCUCUGCUGUUCUGAGCAUGUUCACAGCUGUGCAGACUGUGGGUACUUAAAAUGAUUGUCAUUUGCAGAUAGUCCAUAGUAUGGAUAUGGCUUCAUUGUGGCAAAGAACAAGGCAGCUGGUGAAGUUUAACUGUGAUUCCAGUGACAGUUAUAAAGCCAAUGAGGACCUUAGUUCAGUAAAGGACCCAAAGCGGGAAUGCUGGCAAAUUGUGGAGAGCUUGCAUUAUCCCUGCUGUUCUUUGGUAUCCUAGAAGUGUAAUUGUCCAUGGCCUUGGUGUUUAGGGAAAUGAGGGCUGUUACAAUGUUCCUGUGAAUGCCAAAGGUCUCCUCUCUGGUGUUUUAUUUCAGUCCUCUGGGGGUUCUUUAGUGACCCCACCCACUUAUUUUCUUUCUUUUUUCUGGUUAUCAUGGUGUUGGUAUAUUUUAGGCCACUUCACUAGGCCUUCCUGCACUACUAGAUCUUAGGCUUUUAUGUGUCUUUCCUGUCUGCUUAGUCCUUGCUACAAAUUGUAUGUCCAUGCAGCCUUGGAAAUCUAGGUGGCUUUCUGCACAUGUAAUGUCCAGUUUCCUUCUAUGGUUUCGACAGUUGUGUUUGCAAGUUGGGCAAGUAAUAAUCCAACAAACUUUUUCAGAUUAGUCUCUGAAUUUUUGUGGUUUACAGAAAUACUUUCCCAGGCUAUCAUUUGAUGUUUUUAUGUAGGAAGUUCUUUUUCAUUCUUAAGUAGAAGUUAAUUUGCAGAUCGUCCAUCGGUUGCUUGAAAGUAUUUGACAGGCCUAGUUUUUCCUUUUCAUAAGCGUCCUCCUCCCUAGUGAAUAUAUGCAGUUGUUUUUCAGUUAGGAUUUAUUCUGUUUAGAACCCCAUCUUCUAAGGAAGUUUCUGUUAUCUCUAGUAAUGUUUCCCUUACAGUUAUCUUGUUCAGAUAAUAUAAAUCCUUAAAAAACCCCCGGUCUUCUACACCUCUGUACAUGUCACGAAUCAUGUAGCUGCACGUGACAAUAUACAUUUUUUAGUAUCAUUGUCAGAAUGCAAAUAGUUUACUGACAUUCUCUGUAUUGUCAAUGGAGUGACAUUUGUAAAGCGCUUGAAAGAUUAAAUGCACUGUAAAAGUGCUGUUAUUUUAAUGUAAGGGCUUCGUUCAGAGCAUUGGCCAAUGAUCUCUUAUGAUCUCUUAGUGACUGAAUUAGCUGUUCAGCUCAAUCUUCCUAUUAAAAUACAGUUUCCAUACUGUUUUUGUUUUGCAAGUCAUAGACCCACCAGUGGCUGGCUUUUCACGUGGUUGCAGCAAUUAAAGCAGGUAAGCUGGCAAAGCUGCAGUUGGUGGAAUAUAGCUCAUUUCAGUACCUGUUGUCAAGGAGACUUGACCUACCAUUUUUUGGAAGUAGCCUGCUAAAAACUCUGUAAAACAUAGUAGGACACAAUUAUAUAUUCAGGGGCUUAUUUGUGGUUCUGUAUCUUGUCAGCUGAUACGAAAAUGUUUUCCACAUGAUGAUCUCUAGCAUAACCUUCUCCAGUAGAGCCUUCAUUAUUGCUUGUCACUUUUGUAUAGAAGAUCGUCAGAUACCAUUACACUCCAUAAUAUAAAUGUGGUUGAUAAUUAUUCAAUAAUUACAGGAAGUGGUAUGUAGCUGAAGUACAGAUAAUUUUGUAGUACUAACUAUUACUUCAAAGACCAAAAAGAGAUUGAAUGCUGAAUACUAAAGCCAUAUUUUUUAUAGGAGCAACAGAAUUAAGUACUUUGGUUUGCAUGAGUCAGUGGUUCAGAUAAUUUAUCUAAUGUUAUUCUAAUGGUCUGAUUCAUGAAAGAGAAAAAAAAUGUGGAUGUAUAUAGGCAUGAUAAGGCACAACAGAAGUUAUUUACAGCUAAGUUUGUCCUUAUAUUGAUUGCAUGAGUCAUACAGAAAUUACUUUGUAAUUAAAUGUUAGCUGCUGAGCGGACUGCACAGAACACAGUGCACCAAACACAGGUGUAAAUGGCUAUGAGGGAUUUCCUUCAGCAAGAGUUGAAAUAAGUUUACAGUUAAGGGGGACUGAAUCCAGCUGUUAGAGAUGUAAUAAGAAAAAUUAUAAAUCUGAAUAGAACAUCUGCCAUUUACUACAUAUUUUUUGUUUGCUCUUGCUCUCCAAAGCUGGUUAGCAUAUUGUGGCUGAUCUCAAUUUAUGAACUGCAGGUAUCAUUAGGUGGCCCUCUAUACUCAUGGCAGCAAACCCCAGGGGGACACUGAGUGGUGGGGUGCAGGGUUGCAAUGUCAGUUCAUCAAAGGAUUGCUUUAGGAUAACCCUGUGCUCUGGUGUGGCCUUGUUGCCACUUGUACAGGGGAGAGAAGAGACAAGGUGUACUUGGUGGUGAGUUACAGGCUUGGCCAGUACUACACUUGUCCGUUUCCUUAAGCUACUAGGAAAAUGUCCCAUUUGCUUUCUCAACACAGCCCAGCACAAAUGAGGAAAAACCUUGUUCAGUGGAUUUUUAGGUUCUGUCAAGUUUUACCCUUCAAGCACAGUACAGAAAUCCAUCAUAUUGUCAAGUUUGGAUGAUUUUUUUGCCUUGUUAACUGUAGCUAAUAGGACUGUGCAUACCAGACUUACAGUGUUCUGGUAAAGUUACAACUUUUAAAAAUUAUAUUUACACUUGAGAUUUCUACUGUCUAUUAGAUAUCUGGUGUGAAUUAAACCAGACUCAUGGGUAAGGGCUAAUCAUUGAACGACAGCCUAUAGCAUCUCAGUAUAAAACCCGUCUACCUUUGGGUGCACAAUAGCAGUAAAUCAACUCAGAUAAAAAUUAUUAAUCUGAACGUACAUGGCUAAGUACUGAGAGUAAUUCUGCACUCAAGACUGUUUUUUAUUAAUACUUUGGGGGAAAAUAAUAAAACUUUCAGUUUCAUUUCUGUUGUGAGAGCUAUUUCUUGCUCAGUUGCUUAAUAUUGCUAUUAAAAGUUCAUCCAGAAAAGCUUUAGUUUGCUUUUGAAACUGUCUCCCACCACCAGUGUUAACCAUGUCUAUGCUCUCUAACAGCCUCUGGGGAAGUUUUUAAACUUAAGAUUUGGCUCCCCUUUGUAGGGCUUAGAGAAGUGUUCACAUGUUUUCCAUGUAUGUGCUACCUAAGACAAAUGUAUUAUGAUAAAUUAUGCUCUUGAAGAGCAGUGGAUGUGCUUGAGAUGUUCAGGAUAGCAUUUAUAGUGGUUGACUUCUGAUGAGGCAAGCAAGGAUAAUGUCAGCCACAGGUGGAAAUCCUGACAACUCCUGUGCUGCUUAUGCAGAUGGCUCUGUUAAACCUUCUAUAAAAAUGUAUCCCAACCAUUUUACAUUUAAUUUUUUUCUUUUGAGGUGCAGUCAAAAUCAUAUUAGGGAUGAUGGUACAUUUUUCCCCUCCUUCAGGGGAAGGGAAAAUACAGUUGUUUAUGUGAAAGAAACAGCAAUUAGGAGGUAAGAAAUGUAAACUACAUAGUUAUGUGAUGCAUAGGUUAUGCAAAUAUGCAUAGGUUAAUACAAACAUGUCCCUCAAUGUCAGUAGUUGAAGUCAUAUAUAGUCCUUGUAUCUGUAAUCAUUCUGCAGAUAGAAGUAUUAGCAAAGUAUUCAUUUUGUGUUUGUGGCCCAGAUCCUUCAUGAAGAUGAGCCUCCUUAAACUCUACAGCAUUUCUACCUCCUUCUCCCCUCCCCAGCUUCUUUUCCCACCGCUGUAAAUGUGGUAGGCUUAUUGUAGCAAGGUAGGAGUACCCGGAUACAUAUAGACUGUCUAAGCAGAUGGGACCGUGUUGGUACACUCUGCACUGCAGAAGAUGCUCUUACAGCGCAUGUGCAAAUACAAAUAUUAAGAAUUACUAAAGGAACAAAAUGCACUUCACUGUAGAAGAGUUUUGGCCAUGAUUACACAUUUUGUUAUGAUUUUUGGUUUUACGGAAGCGGUAGCAAAAUCAACUGCAGAAUAUAUUUUACUAGUUAAUUUGUUCUACAGCAUUUGAUGGGGCCAUUCUAAUGGUUGGACUAGAUGAUCUUCAAGGUCUUUUCCAACCUAGAUGAUUCUGUGAAAUGAUCCUGGAGCUACGGUUGAGGAUGUUUUUCUUUCUGUUCUCUUCACCCUCCAGCUUAGGACAUUAGUGGUAGAGUAGCUGUAAUGACUGCUUGUGGAUGUUACUGUGAGAUCACUGUUGCAGAGGUUUUGCUGUUACUCUCUCCCAGAUUAUCCUCCUCACAGUUCAUUCCUAUGUGAUGUAGCCAUCAAGGAGAGAGUGAUACUUAAGUGCAUGUAGCACUCACGUUUGCCUGUACAGUCACUUCUCUGGCACCUCAUUAUUGCAGGUACAAAGUACCAUGGGAUGAAGAACUGGAUUAUAGACAAGUGUGGUUUGGUUGGUUGUGGGUUUCUUGUUUUCUUCUUGUGUUUUAAGUUCUUGAAGAAAAUGUAACUAGAGGGCAAAAAGUACAAGUUUAUAGUCAGCUUUGCAUUGGGUACAGUAGCUAUCAGACUUUAACGAAGUAAAAAAAAAUGGUAUUUUACCAAUAUGAUAUUGUUACUUUCUACUGUGGUAGCCACCUUUAUCUCAAAUGUGACAUGGAAUUUUCAUACUACUUUUAAUGCUCUUCAGCCAGUAUUUUACAUUUCAGCCACGUGUACUAUAAGUGACACUUAGCUUUGCAUUUUUUACAUCUAGCUUUGGCUUUGUAUGCUUUCACUUUUCCAGACAACAGACUGCUAAGUAGCUGUAUGUAUUUAUAAUGCUGUUUGGUGACAUCGGCACAAGAAUUUCACAUCAGGUUGACUUUUAUUUAUUGUCACUGGCUAGAACUUCUUGACAUGUAAUUUUAUUGCCAUUAUAUUUGACACAACAAACAUCUAAUAAAAUAAAAUUGCAUUUCAUUUUAUAUCAAAGCAAAGAUUUAUUUAAAAUCAUCAUGAAGUUUCAACUGAUGCCUGUUGCUAUGACAACAUGCAGUAUUGUGGUUAGCAUAGGAAUUAGCUCAAGAAUUUCCUGAGUUUCAUGUCAAAUAUGAAUAGUUUACAAAGCUUACCCUAUACUAAACAGGACAUGGGGGAGAAAGAUCACAGGCUCUUUCCUUCUGCUCCUUAAAUGCUGGUUUCAAUUCCCUCUUAUUUCAAAAGCAAAUUUCUUCUUGAUGUCAAAGUUGAUCAAAAGUUAGGAAAUUUUUCAGAGUAAUUUGUCUGUAACCUGCUAUUUUCAUUUGUCCUUUUUACUGCAAUGGGAACUACAAAGUUUACUUUUCAUUCCACAGUAGAUUUGAUGCGUUGAUAAUGAACUCUGAAUCAGGCUUGGCUACAGUUCACACAUUUCCUAGCACACUGGAAAAUAUGUAUUAAGGCUCUUACUUUUCUCUACCUACAUGGUGUGACUUGGAGCUUCUUAUUGAAAUGUUUAUAUUUCAAUUAAUGGAGCUAUAUAGAUGCUGAGAUAAUGAACACCAUUCACAAUUUGAAAAAAUAAAUUAAUCAUACAAUUAAAAUAAUGUAAAAUGAGAAAGUGAUUAAUUCAGAGCCAAAAUAAAUCAAUAUGCCUUAGCCAUAAUGAAUUCUGAAAGGAGCAAAUAAGAGAGAUUCUCUAUACAUGUAACUUCUCUGAAAAAGUCUCAGAUAUUUCCAGUGACUGCGUCUUCAUUAAUGUGUAUAUCUAUGUUUAUUCCACACUAUUUUUUCAAAUAAGGCCACGAAGUUGGUUGUUAUGCAUCAAUGUACCACUUACACCUAGCUGAAUUGUAUGAACCAAAUUGUGUCACAUUCUGUUCUGUUAAUCAUCAUUAUGAAAGGAGAAAGUUCUAGUUCAGCUUUCAAAAUGCUGCUGUCUUGGUCUUUUGGUUGUGAAAUAGAACUGAAUUAAUAAGCUAUAGUAGUCCGCAUAAUUAUAAAGGCACAAAGCAAACAUGGAAAUUUGCAACACCUCAAAAAAAAAAAACCCAAAAAACCAACCCCAAACAAAUCAGCCCAGAAUUAUUUCCAUUUCACAGCUACUGUGGUUAAUUUGGAAGCAAUGGAGUAAGGAAGAUCUAAGAACCAACUUAGAGCUUGCUGUGAAAAGGCGACACCAGCAAUGUUUGAAAUGUCUGUACUGUAUUUUAUAGACAACAGAAGUGCAGUAGGGUUGUCUGUUCACAAUGCAUUAAUGAGUUCAAUUCUAGCUUCUUCUAAAGGGGUUCUGAGCACAUAUGGGAAAAACAAUGCUUUGGAAAGACACCUGAGCUUCAUUUUUAUGUAUAGUUGUGCAGAUUUCCUGAAUUCAUUGCUGUUGUAUUUGUACAAAAAUCAGUAUGUGUGGAAUUAAGGGUGGAAACACCACAAGAAAAUGUUUAAUUUUUACUUCCUGUGUUGUCUAUUGGGAUUUUGUAUUGGUGUUAGUACCUUCAUUAAAAGUCAUUGAGUUUUGUGGCAUUGGGACUUUCUCCCACAGAAGGAAAGGUAUGAAAUGACCUCUAAAUUUUUUUCUUUUACCUAGAUAUGGAAUUUUACAGAGUUUAUAGGGAAUCUUAUGAUUGUACUUGGGAACAAGAGAUGAUACAUUCAGACAUCCAAGCCUUUUGUAUGUCUGAAACAGCUUUGCUGAUGAUCUUAGCUAUUACAGAAACAGCAGUACAGAGCAGGAAAAUCCUCAAUGAUCUGCCCACUUUUCCCCAUUGUUAACAUUUCAGUUUUGUUGAAGAAUUAGAGUUGACCCUUGUCUGCUAAACCAUUACUGAGUGCCCCAGACACAUUAGAGGAAGUGAAUUAAACAUAAACUUUACCACUAUCGAUAAUGUGAAGUAAGACUACACAUGCGAAGAUCUCUGCCUUAGUAGAAGCAAAUGUCCUCAAACAAGAUCGGCAAAAGUUGGAUGUGAUUUGCAUUAAGAAAAUAGUUUACAUUUUUCCUAGACUUUGUAUUAAAAUUGACUCAAAAUUAGUACCAAAGCCUGUGAGAAAUAUUGAUUUAGAACAAAAAGCUUAUCUCUUAAGAGAACAGGCAGAAGCAGAAAUUGAAAAAAAAAAAGGUGACUGGCAUAUGUAUACAUUUUUUAAUGUCUCUGCAAUGUACUUUUCAAGGUUUUCACAAAUGGAAAAUCUCAAGAAGCACAUGUCAUUACUCAUCAUAUUUUCUUUCUUCCCUGUGGCUUAAAAGGGGUACAAUCAGUAGGCGAGGCAGCAUUACUGUGAGAAAGGACACAGCCAUUUAUAAAGAAUAAUGAAAUGAAAAAUACAGUAAAGCCUACAACUGUUCCUUCCUUGAUUGUUGAUAUUGAGCUUUAUUAGAGCAUUUAAAAGAUUAGAAGGGAUUAUAGUCGUAGUACUGGCUACCAUGGAAAUGCCACUUCAAAUGAUAAACCCCUUAGAGUGACACUGGUAUUUCAGUGCAUAUCACAAGUAAUUAUUCAGGUGAAGAAAUGAAUUUUUAGUGGCUCUUUGGAAUGGAUUUCUUUAUUCUCCCUGACCCCCUUUUCUCCUGCUUUUUAAAAAGAGCUAAUCUUAUUUCAUCUCUGUUCUCUGUGAAGCAGGUAUUUGGAAUGCUUAUCUCAGCUUUCCAAAGCAGUAUACAGUACAGUGAUUGUGGCUAAAAACACACCUAUCCCUAGUGCCUGCAAAAUGUUAAAACAGAAAAGCACGAUUGUUCUCCCUAAGGAGAGGAAUAUUCUUUAACUGUUGUAACAGUAUCAGUGGAACAGAGCCAGACAGCUGUGAUGUCCAGUCUAUUCUAGCUAAAGACAGAAAGUGCAUGCAGCUGGCCUGGUUUCAACCAACCAUUUGUCUGAACCGAGAAAAGCUGGAUUUUGAGCGUGAAAGUAUAUUUGGAAAAGCUGGAGAUUUGGAUGCCUGGUUUUUAGCCAGAGCCUGCUAGGUACAGGAGUCAUUAAAAGAGGAAGCAAGGUAGUGACACGCUGACACUUACAAAGUAAUGAUUUUGGGAUUACUUUCAGAGGUUCAAAUUGUGUUAUACAUUGUUUCUGAACUAGCUGAUAAAAGUUGGAGACAGACAAAUAUUCAGGCACACAGAGCGUAUCCUUUCGAGUGCAGUGCGAUUUAUAAACUGAGAAAAGUUUAAACUCCGUAAUUCUGCUGGCCUUCUUUUAAAGGUUGCAUCCAUUAUUCUCAGAUGAUCGUAAAAACCCUGUCUUUUGCAUAAAGAUAUAAUCAGUGCUAGAAGCUUCACUAAAACAAAAUAUACUCUGUGUCGCAGGGACAUCACAGCAACUGUCCCAAGUAUUUUGUGAAGCUACACACUAACAUUCUUCAAAUCAAGAAUUAGCCAUAAAAAAGUAAUUAUUAGGUCAGAAUGCAGUUAAGAAAAAAGAAUCUAAAUCCAUUGGAGGUAUCUAUUUUAGAGUAAUUUAAUCUGGUAACUUAGAAUUGAAAUCUGUGGAUUUAAGUGGAAGGGAUAAAUCUUAUCAGAGGGACUUCCCUUCUGUUAUUAAACACAGUCUGCUUGCAGAUUGUGUAAGUGUAUAAGGGCUGAGAAUUCACCAUUGUACAGAAUUUGGAAAAUUAAAUUAUGGUAAGGAAAAUAGUCGUGGAACCAUUGCAGUGAAACCAAGACUUGAGACACAAAUGGGACCUCAAGCUCCUAGAAUUCUAUUUUAUGUUCUCAGAAGAGGAUGAAUUCCAGGCAUUUAACCAGGAGCAGGGAUGAGUGUAUUCUAAAACUUCAGCAAGGGUUUUACCAGACAAGUACUCAUGUAGUUUUCUGGACAGUUUACCCACAGAGGGUUCAGAAAUGUUGCAAACACUAUUCUUGGCACAUAAUGUAGAUUUGGUAUAUUCACAUUGGCCAUUUCAAUGGAGAUUACAUCGGAUGACAGAAAACUUUAACUUGCCUCUUCAGUUGUGGUAAAUACAGAACUAUGUGCUGGUUUAACACUGUGCCUCCUUACAAUUGACACGGAUGAAGAAAAGCAGCCCCAUGCAAAGAGUUGCUAGAACUGAAUAAAUAAUUCAUGAUGACCAGUUUAUUCAAACACAUUGUCUCCCCUUCUGUUUGCAAAUUGACCACAAAUAAAGUGACCUUUUUUAUUUGAUCAAUUAUUCAAGAAAUUCAUGGAAUAGUUUUUGAUCUCCAAUGUUGUCAUGUCAGCUUCAUUAAAAAUAGGAGAGAUUCAUAAAGCAAUCUGUUUAACUGGACACAAAUGUCAUGCUAUGGAUCUUGUUUGAGUGAAGGGACAUAGUUUAGUGGUGGUCUUGACAAGCCAACCUAAACGAUUCUGUGAUUCAAUGAUAGCAACCAUUACGUUGAUUAGAGUCAAGGUUUUAGUUAAAAUGUCUUUGCUUUUUCAUCUGACAUUUUAUUUUUGUCUAGGCAGCUCUGUAUUUGCUUUGAACUUGCUUAUUUUCUUAUAGUUACCAGUAUUCCUGAAAAUAAACUCAUUCAUGGUGGCAUCCUCCAGAGGAACAUCACCAAAUUCUCUGAGAUAAGAGUAUUACGAGUGGAAGAAUUAAGGCAAAUUCCCAGUGAGACUGCAGAGUGUAUUUAACAUCAAUGAAGUCAGUCCAACUCUUACCAUUAACUUUAUGUUUUAAGGCAUAAGCCAACCAUUAACACGGGAAAGAGAACAUUUCUUUCCAGAUAGAUAAUUUUAAAGUAAUUGACUGAAGAUUUUCUUAUAUUCUACAUAAAAAUCACAAAAAUAACACCUCUGUUUGAGGAAGUCAUGGCAACACUUCUCCAGGUUAAGGGGCUACACAGAAUAGGUUGCUAUAGGUUAGCUCAGUUCUCAUACUCACCUUUGUUUUGACCACAAUGGAUUGUUCUCAAAAGAAUGACACGGGUUAGGAGGAUUUUUAGGCUAAGCUGGUGUGGCCUUUUUGACACUUAUCAUGAGCCCAAGGCAUUUCUGACUUACUACAACAGUAAGUGUUCAUUUUGACUGCAUGCUGUGAGAAUAUAAAAAAAGCUUAAUUUCUCUUUUUUUUUUUUAAUAUGUAACCAAAAUUGG